UUUCUCUGUUUCGUGUAGGGCUGAGACGUGUAAGUUAUGGACAGAGAGGACAGAGAUGUGAACGGCAGUCUGACUGAAGCAGAGCAGCGUGAAGACGACGCCAGAAGAAAGCCAAGUCCUGCACGACUCAUACCAGCGAGACAGAGACAGAAAGCUGUGCAACAACAAGCUGCAGAGGUAGGAUCCAAAGUGUUUGAGGAGUCGGUCUCCGUCUCCCCGGAACUGAGCAGUUGGAUCAACGUCAACGUUAAGGACCUCAAGAUCCGGAUGACGGACCGCCGAUGGGCUGCUGAGAUGGUCAACGAUUUCCAAGACAACCUGCUGAAGUUCCUGAAGAGCAACACUGAUCAGCCUUUCUUCCAGUCAGCUGACUUCCUCAACACCGGCAGCUACUUUGAGAAAGUUAAGAUCCACAGUCCCGAUGAGUUUGACAUGAUGCUGAAGCUCAAGGUUCCCAAACGCCGCAACAUGAUCAACCUCGACGGCGGCCUCUUCUACCGGAUUGAUCUUGCCCAUCCUACUCGGAGCCCCAUACAAGCCUUUCUUCUAGACAAUAAACUCACAAUCUCAUCGAGUAAGUUCCUGAGUGAGAUGUAUCGUCUGGUCCGCAAGUUCCUCAAGACCUAUAAAGUGCCUGAUGCGGGCUUUCGCUGGGAGGUGAACAGGAAGCAAAUAUACUCGCCAGCUGUGACUUUGUCUCUGCGCAGGCUGGAAAACGACAGUGAUGAGUGUCUCUCUGUUGACCUGGUUCCCGCUCUGGAAUGCUCUCAGGGCUGGCCGCUCCGCGCGCGUAACGGUCUGGAUGUGGACAGAUGGCUGGGAAAGAAGGUUCACCAAGAGAUCAAGAGUUUACCGUGUUACUUUGUACCAAAGAGGCUCAAAGGACGAAACCUCAGCGAGGACGCCAAAGAGAGUUGGAGGAUUUCUUUCUCUAACAUUGAGAAGAAAAUCAUCAGGAGCCAUGGCAACAAGAAAACCUGCUGCGAGAGCAAUGCCACCAAAUGCUGCCGUAAAGAGUGCUUGAUGCUCCUCAAGUCUCUGAUUGAGGGCCUGAAACAACGUUUCCCCAAAGAACUGGAUCCCCUCUGCUCGUACCACGGGAAGACCGCCUUCCUCCACACCCUGUCCGUUAGGUUUGACGACUCCCUGUGGGCUUGCCAGAAGCUCCCCGAAUGCUUCCUGCACCUCCUGUGUGCUCUGCAGUCCCACGCUCGCACAAGCCUCCUCCCUCACUUCUUCGUUCCUGACUGCAACCUCUUCUCCGCGGAUCUCUUCCCCCAAAAAGCGCUGGCUUUCCUCACCAAUGCCUUGGAGGAGCAGAGGAGGGAAGAGCUGCCGCUGCUGAAGCCUCCGGCUCCUCUCAGACCGAGGAGUCCUUCAAGAGACGACACCUUUGAGACAUCCAGCGAUCAGUCGUCUAGUGGGACUGCAGUUUCCUCUCUGGACACUUCAUUUGUACCUAAACUGGUCCUAGUGUUAGCUGUAGCUGUACUGUGCUCUCUUUUUUGUAUGUAAGUGAUUGGAAAUUAG